CUCUCUGUACAGUAUUUAUUACUUCAAAAUUAAUAUUGUGUGUGUUUAGAUUUUUUUAUUUUAGUUUAAUUUAAGAAUAGAAUAAUAAUAUUCAUGUUGGUGAACAUUUUGUGUGCACUAAUGAAAAAUCAUUUUUGUAAAAGUGUUCUUGAUAUAGGUAAUGUGUUUUGUGAAUAUUUAGUACCGAUUUAAUCUCAUUACUUACCUAAAUUACCUACAUUAGCAAUCCAACUUUACGGCGCAUCGUUAUAUUUAGGCUUUUGUUUCCUCGUCGUGUAGAAGAAGGAUCGAAAAGAGCAUUGUGUACUCUUUCUUGAAAUAUUUCGUCACCUGGCAACAUCAUGUCGAGACCUGACCCAACCCGUAGAUCUAUGAGCUAUCCGGAAGGCAGCCAAAGCAAUAGUGCGGCCGAACCAGUGGCAUCAACAAGUAGUGCGGCGACGGCUCCAACGACACCAACUGAUGGACCUUUUCUCAGCAUCGCAGUACAACCGGAGAAGUAUAAAAGAUUUCGUUACGAAGACGAAUUGACUUCAACAACCGUACUCCAAGGUGCAAAGGCUACCACUGAAGGUGACGAUGAUGAAAUUACAACAUACCCCACGCUUAUGGUAAACAAUGUAGAGAAGCAUGACAAAGCACUCGUCGUCAUUUCAACCGUCACUGCCAACAAACCAUUUAGAGCUCAUCCCAACGGACUGAUGGGCAGGAAUUGCUACUCCUACGUGUACUCAAAAGAAGUUGAGCUCCGUCCAGGGAAUAAUACGAUUGUAUUCAACGACAUUCGCAUCAUAAGGGUAAAGACUGCUGAUUACAAACAUGCGCUCAGGAUUAGAGAAGUUCAGAGAAUUGAUCCCUUUCAACAGGGGUUCAGACAUGAACUUACCAAGGACUUCACCCUUACUGAGCUGCGGCUGUGUUUCGAAGUGAAACUACGCAGGUGCAAGAAAGUAUUGGAGCCGAUAGUGUCUAAUCCUAUCUAUAACACGAGGAGAUCUACCAAGCCACAAAUACACCAUUACGCCCCCGGGUCAGGCAGCGCUAAGGGCGGGGCCAAAGUUAUCAUCUUGUGUUCUGUGGUAAAGGAGGAGAUUGAGGUAGUAUUCUUCACGAAGCCUACUGACCAUGAACCGGCAUGGGAGUCUCAUGCGAUGGGGUUGAAGGUGCACGGCACUCAGUCGCUGUACUGUUUCGCGCCGCCCUACCGAGACACGGACAUCAAGGAAAGUGUUACUGUCUACUUUGAAUUGAGGAGAAAAUCAGACGAUACUAGAAGCAAUGCUGAGAAAUUUCAUUAUUUGCCGUAUGAUACUGAUGAGGAAACUGUAAACAGGAAGAAAUUGAAAAUCAUACAUCCAGCUCUAAGUCUGUUUCACCAGGAGAGCAGUGCUUGUGGAAACUCAUCGCCCCUUAACACUGAUGAUUUCCAACUGUUUCUCCCUUCUCUGUCCUGGAAUAGACCAACUGAUAACGACGACGCUAAUGCCAACAUACAAGCUAGCGACCAAGGUAUAUCAACUGCAAACCCAAGUAAUAAUGACAGUCGCUGGUCAGCAUCGACACACGUCCCCUAUAAUGGAAAUCCUUUCUUGGAAAUUGCGCCAGAACCUAGUCAUUCUAACCGUGAAUUUUACAGACAAAGCUCUAUCAAUUUGCCUGUAUUACACAACACGCAAAUUAACUCAGCAAUCAUGAAUAGUGAUGACCUACGCAGGUCACAAAUGGAACACAUAAUAGAAACGAAACAGAAUAUGAUGCAGUCCACACAACCACCGAAUUGGCACCGUAUGACACAAAAUACGCAAUCAACGCUAACAAACGCGGACCAAAUGUCCUAUAAUGUACCAGCGCAAUCAAAUAUUUUGCUGCCGUUACAAGGAGACAUACAAACCGCUCAGAACGGGCAAUCUGAGCAGUAUAACGGGUACGAAAUAUCAGACGACAUGCAAUGGAUGUCAUCAAAUACACAGUUUUACUCAAAUAAUGCCCAAUCUCCUGCAUAUCCGCAACAGAAUAUGCAGUCCGCGUCGAUGUCGAUGGAAACGCAAUGCACAUACCCCGCCUGCAGAGCCAACUUUUGCCAAAAUUGCAAACGAAUACAAAAUGAACCCGAACAAGUAAUGUAUGUAGAAAAUAACGGCGAAAAUGCAGAGUGCUUACCUGGCAAUGAUUCAGAUGAUCUUUUUUUAUUAUAAGUAUAUUAUACGCAAAAGGGGUAUUAUUCCAUUAGCUAUAGGAACACCUCAACGUUUUAUGAACAAAACGAGUACCUAUCGUUACGUAGCGUUAAUAUACCUCUAGGGGAGCCAAAGCCGAAUCUUGUUGCCGCUGCUGUUCGACGAUCAAAUGGCAGUAACGUGAAUAAUUUAUUAAGAACACUUGAUUCGUCAAA